CAGCGCCCAUUUAGCGGGACCGUCGCUGCGUUUGAAACAUCCACAUCAGUAGCUCCACAAAAGACCAUUUUAUACCCUAGUUCUGAUAUUUAGAGGGAUCCGAAAUGAUCGAUAUGAUCGAGAAGGAGGACCCGAUCAUCAGCGAGGAGGAAGCGGCACAGUACGACCGCCAGAUCCGAUUGUGGGGGCUGGAUGCCCAGAAGAGGUUGCGAGGGUCCCGUGUGCUCCUGGCAGGUGUAGGUGGUCUCGGGGCUGAAGUGGCCAAGAACUUAAUCCUGGCUGGAGUUAAAGGACUCACUUUGCUGGAUCAUGAACAGGUCUCGGAGGACUCGUGUCGAGCUCAGUUCCUGGUUCCGGUAACAGCUCAGGGUCAGAAUCGGGCCCAGGCCUCUCUGGAGCGAGCGCAGAACCUCAACCCAAUGGUGGAGGUGCAUGCUGACCCAGGCAGGAUCGAGGACAAACCAGACGACUUCUUUCUGCAAUUUGAUGCGGUGUGUCUGACAGGCUGCUCCAGGGACCUGAUGGUCCGGGUCGACCAGCUCUGCUCCAAACACAGCAUCAAGGUCUUCUGUGGAGACGUCCACGGUUACUACGGUUACAUGUUCUGCAACCUUGGACCGGAGCACAACUAUGUGGAGGAGAAACCUAAAGUCGUGAAACCGACCGGUGACUCCAACGACGGUCCGGAGGCCAAGAAAGCCAAAGUGGACCCGAACGAGACCACCAUGGUGAAGAAGACGGCCAGUUUCUGCACCCUGAAGGAGGCUCUGGAGGUCGACUGGACCAGUGAGAAGGCCAAAGCCGGUCUGAAGAGAACACCGGUGGACUACUUCCUGCUUCACGUUCUGCUGAAGUUCCGCACAGACAAAGGUCGCGACCCCGACCCACAGGCCUUUCCAGAAGACAGUCAGCUCUUGAGACAGAUCCGCGAUGACGUCCUCGAGGCCUUGGCGCUGAGCACUGACCUCCUCAACGACGACUUCAUCAGCUACUGUUUCGCCGAGAUGUCUCCGGUGUGCGCCGUCGUGGGAGGAGUUCUCGGACAGGAAGUCGUCAAGGCUCUCUCCCAACGAGACGCUCCUCACCGCAACUUCUUCUUCUUUGACGGUCGCAAAGGCAACGGCGUGGUCGACUUCUUCGGACCGAAGUGAGCGCGUCGGGCGUCACCAGCACACACGACGGUUUCCCUCCCAAACACAAGUCCAGCAAACUUCUGUCUGUUUGUUCUGUCUGAUUAUUUAUGUCAGUACUUCCUCCACUAUCCCAAAAAAAAAAAAGAAUAAUCUGUCGUUCUGUUUUUUUGUGACCAUAUCGAUGCGUUUUCCCUCAAAGCCUGACUCGAGUACAGUGGGAUGUUUUUUUACAUUUGCUAAUAAAACAUUGUUUAGUAAAAGA